UUGGAGACGCAGCCAAGAGCUUUCUAGAUACAUUUUCCGUAAAAAAGAAAGAAGUUUACUCCGUCAAAAACGAAACUGAUUUCUGCAUAAAACUUUUCUGCUGAGAGAAAACAAAAAGCAUGUGUGGUGGUGCUAUAAUCUCCGAUUACAUUGCCCCGAGCCGAACUUCUCGCCGGCUCACCGCCGAGUUGCUAUGGGGCCGGUCCGAUCUGAGUAAUAAGCAAAAAAAUCCUAACAAUUAUCACUCCAAGCCGUUGAGAUCCCAAGUAGUUGACCUAGACGAUGACUUCGAGGCUGAUUUUCAGGACUUUAAAGAUUUCUCCGAUGACGAGGAUGUUCAAGUCGAUGUCAAGCCAUUUGCCUUCUCUGCUUCGAAAAACUCUAAUGUUGAAGGCUCCAAAUCUGUGAAAACUGAUGAUUCAGACAAGGAUGCUGAUAGAUCCUCUAAGAGAAAGAGGAAGAAUCAGUAUAGGGGGAUCAGACAGCGACCUUGGGGUAAGUGGGCAGCUGAAAUACGUGACCCAAGAAAAGGGGUUCGGGUGUGGCUGGGAACUUUCAAUACUGCAGAAGAAGCUGCCAGAGCUUAUGAUGUUGAGGCUAGGAGGAUCAGAGGCAAUAAAGCUAAGGUAAACUUUCCCGAUGAAGCUCCAGUGCCUGCCUCGAGACGUACUGUUAAGGUGAAUCCUCAAAAGGUCCUUCCUAAGGAGAUCCUGGACUCGGUUCAGCCCGACUCGACUAUCAUAAACAACAUGGAGGAUUGCUGUUAUGAUUCUUUGGGAUUUCUUGAAGAGAAACCCAUGACGAAGCAGUUUGGAUGUGAGGAUGGGAGCAGUGCUUCUGGAGAUACGGGAUUUGGCUCAUUUGCCCCUUCAGCUGGUACCGAUAUCUACUUCAACUCUGAUGUUGGAAGUAACUCUUUUGACUGCUCUGAUUUUGGUUGGGGAGAGCCAUGUGCCAGGACUCCAGAGAUAUCAUCCGUUCUGUCAGCUGUUAUUGAAAGCAAUGAAUCUCAACUUGUUGAAGAUGAUACCAGUCCAAUGAAAAAACUGAAAUCAAGCCCCAUUAAUCCAGUAGCUGAUGAUGGAAAUACCGCAAACAAGCUAUCUGAAGAGCUUUCAGCUUUUGAAACCCAGAUGAAGUUCCUUCAGAUCCCCUAUCUGGAGGGAAAUUGGGAUGCAUCAGUUGAUACUUUCCUCAACUCAAGUGCAACUCAGGAUGGUGAUAAUGCUAUGGACUUAUGGUCCUUUGAUGAUGUUCCUUCUUUAUUGGGAGGUGUCUUUUAAGUCAGCAUGCCUUGUCUAGUUUUUGUAAAUAAGGCUUCAUGAUUGUCUGGUGGUGGAAGAAGGAUGAUCCACAGAUAAAGCAUGCUUAAGCCAUGGAUGUGCGCUCAAUAGGUAUUUUGGUAAUAGAGCAGUACAUAGAGUAAUUAGGUUAAUUAACUAUUAAAGAUGUUAAUUUGAAGUUUAAUUUGGACUGUAUGAAUUAUGACAGUUGAUGAGACCUCGAUGCUUGCUAUAACCUACUUUUGGUGUUUACAAGUUGCUUCUUCACGUGGAACUAUUCUUUCAAUUCACUCAUUUGCAUAUGCCGACUAAAUAUAAAUAUAUUACUGCAAAUUGGCAGA